GUAUUUCAGAUUGGAAAAGAGGUCAAAGUAAAGCCCUCAUCUUUAAACCCAGAGAAGGGGGUUGGGUUCUGUGAAAUGGUGGCGUUGAGGUGGGAUUCUUGAAAGCUCAAGCUUUUGGUGUGUCAAAAAUGGCGUCUUUCCCUUCUUUUACCCAAUUUUGUUCUUUGCCCAGGUGGCACUCGAAUUUGCCUUCGAUACCCUCAAUAAAUCUUGUAAAAUUCCCAGAUGUUAGGCUGUGUAGUAGAUUUGCCAUUACAGCAGUUCCCAGAAGAAAACUUGCAGAAAAUACAUCUGAUGGAGAAGAAGACGACUCAGAAAAGAAGACAACACGUAAAAGAGCUCCAUCAAGAAGAAGAAAAAAAGCAGAAUCAGAUGUUCCAGAAGAAAACUCCAUACCAGAGACUAUUGUUAGUAACACAGACGAAAUGACAUCAUUGCCCUCCGAGUCCACAGCAGUUCCCGAGAAACCUCAAAGAAGAACUCGAAAAAAAGAAAUUGCAAUUGCUUCUACUUCAAGUAACUUAGAAGAAGAAGAACCAGAAAAAAAGGUGACAAGGCGUACACGUGUCAAGAAAAAGAUGGAUGAUACAAUAGAUCAAAGUAGUGAAACCGAGUUAAGUGAGAUUGAAGAUGACACAGAUAACGAAAAAGACAUACAAUUUGAUGAAAAUGGUGAAGAAGAUAUAAGCUUUACAUACUCAUGGCCACCUCUAAUUUGUUGUUUUGGAUCCACUCAUCAUGCAUUUGUGCCUUCCGGAAGGCGAGCCAAUAGACUUUUGGAUCACGAAUCCCACGAACGAAUGAAGGACGCGUUGUGGGCCCCAGAGAAGUUUGUUAGGGCACCCGGAGGGUGUGCGAGUGAUGUGGCACUGUGUCUUGCUAAUAUUGGGAGUAAUGCGGUUUUGAUGGGUAAAAUUGGGGAUGAUGACUUUGGUCAAGCUUUGUUGUAUCAUUUGAAUGAGAAUCGUGUUCAAACUCGAUCGAUUCGGAUUGAUGCAAAAAGGACAACUUCGGUUUCACGGAUGAAAAUGAGCAAAAGGGGUAGUUUGAAGAUGACAUGUGUCAACACGUGUGCGGAGGAUUCGCUAAAAAAGUCUGAAAUCAAUGUUGAUGUGCUCAAAGAGGCAAAAAUGUUUUACUUCAAUUCAUUUUCUCUUCUUGACAAAAAAAUGAGAACAAGUGCAUUGCAAGCUAUCAAGAUCUCAAAGCAACUUGGAGGACUCAUCUUUUUUGAUCUCAAUCUUCCAUUACCACUAUGGCAUUCUCGCGAAGAAACUCAAUCAAUCAUUCAAGAAGCAUUAGAACUUGCAGAUAUAAUCGAAGUCACCAAACAAGAACUCGAAUUCUUAUGUGGGAUUGUCCCAUCUGAAAGAUUUGACACCAAAGACAACGAUAGAUCAAAGUUUGUCCACUACGAUCCGGAUCAAAUCGGGUCGAUCCGACCCGACAAUCUUCAACUUUUAUUUGUCACAAACGGGACUUCCAAGAUUCAUUACUAUACAAAGGAGCAUAACGGGUCGGUUCUUGGAAUGGAGGAUCCGCCCAUUACCCCUUUCACUUCUGACAUGUCAGCAGCUGGAGAUGGCAUUGUUGCAGGGCUUAUGAGUAAGUUGAUAGUUCAACCACACUUGAUGACUGAUAAAGAGUACUUAGUGCAUAGUAUUGACUAUGCCAUUAACCGUGGGGUGACACAACAAUGGCUUCAAGCUAGGACACGAGGCUACCCUCCAAAACCGGGUAUGGAAGAUGAUGAGUUUUUCUCGGAUCCAAAUGGGCUUAGAACCAUCUCCCAAAAAGCAUUCCGGACUCUGAUCCCUGUUGAAGAAGAAGAAGAAGAAGAAGAAGAAGUGAGCUUAGAUGUGAAGAGAGAUGAUGGUGAUGAUUUGGAAGGAGAUGAAGGUGUGAAUGUGGUGAUAGAUGGUGAUUAUGAUUCGGAAGAUAUAAGUGACAUUGGAAUGGAGGAUGAGGAGCCUGUGAGGAGAGUAGUAAAUCAAGUGGUUGGUGCUAAAAGGAGAAGUUUGUAGUUUUUGUUUACAAGUUUUGAUUCUUGAACUCGAUCGAGACAAAAUGAUGUGUUUGAUAGGGAUUAGUGGCCAUGUUUGCAAUUUUGUAGUUUGGUUUAUGUUUACCUGUUGUUGUAUUGUAUGU